AUGGCGAAGGACCUUAACAUCUUUUCUAUGGUUCAUCUCAAGAUCGGAGUAAAAGAGUUUUGUACAACGGUUGAUACUCUAACUCGGCGUGAGCCUAAUUCAAUGCUUGCUGCAAUGUUUAGCGGACGUCAUGUUGUCCAUCAGGACCCGGAAACGGGAUAUGUUUUCAUCGACAGGGAUGGCAAACAUUUUCGGCACAUCCUUAACUGGUUAAGGGAUGGAGUUGUUCCCUCGCCGGAAGAAUUUUCCAAAUAUUCGGAACUUAUAAGAGAGGCGGAGUAUUAUCAACUACUCGGUCUAAAAGAUAAUAUACAGGCUUUUCUAAACAAGAGGAAGGAUGAUGAUCAAAACACUGAAAAGUUGGGUGCUGAACUAACGCGCAUUGAUAUCAUCAAAUCAUGUAUAAAAUCAAAUGAGAGAAUCCGGCUUCGAGGCGUUAAUCUCUCCGGCCUUAACCUUUCGAACUUGGACUUGACAAACAUUGACUUCAGUUGUGCAUGUCUGAGAAAUGUGAGUUUCAAGGGUUGUGAUCUUCGAGGUGCAAAUUUUAAUCACGCGGAUGCUGAGGGUGCCAUCUUUCAACAUGCUAGUCUGCAAAGUUCUGAAUUUAUUGGGGCGAAUCUCCGCAACGCUUUAUUUGUUGGUGCUAACCUUUUCAACGCAAAUUUGAUAUCUGCAGAGCUCCAUGGUGCUGAUCUUACAAAUGCAAAUUUAGAGGCGGCCAGUCUGGAUAAGGCUUACUUGAUGAGUCUUUAG